GUGGAAAAUUAAAUUUCGACAAAAUAUUAUUCUCGUUACUUUAUGGAUAAUUUAUAAUUAGUUCAGAACCAUAUAUGACAUGGAAAUCUCAAAUCACUUAAGAAUAAAGUUUUCAACGGCGUAGAUGACUAUAUAUGUAGACUUUAGACCAAGCAAAAAGAAUUUUAUUUUUAUUUUUUAUAAGUCAUAUGUUAUCUUCAUAUAUAUAUAUUCUCACAAAAAGGUUUUAUAAUAAUGGCCCAAAAUAGCUUUAGCUAUCCUAGAUUACCAGAAGAGGAAACUAUGGGUCAUCAUUUUCAUGCUACUACUGCAACAAGAAGCAUGCAGUUGUUGCAAGAAUUACCUACAAAUUAUGGCUUCGAAUUUGAAGGAAUUGCAGAAUUAGAAGAUAAAACUGCUGCUAAUUCCUCUCAUAGCCAUAGGCAAGCUGAGAAGCGCCGUCGCGAUCGGAUUAAUGGGCAGCUUGCUAGGCUUAGAAGGCUUGUACCCAAGUCAGAAAAGAUGGACAAGGCAGCUCUCCUAGAAAGAGUAGUAGAGCAAGUUAAGGAGCUAAAGAGAAAAGCAUCAGAAAUCAGCAAACUCUUUACAAUCCCAACAGAAAUUGAUGACAUUACUAUUGAAUGUCACACAAAUAAUAUGCAAGGAGGCAUCCCGACGUUUGCUCGUGAUCAGAAAGAAAAUCAUCCCAACAACAAGAACAUAAUGUUUAUGAAAGCUACAUUAUGCUGCGAAGACCGGCCCGACUUGAUCCCUGAGCUAAUCCGGGCACUUAAAGACCUCAACUUGACCAUAAUUGGAGCUGAAAUUGGUUGUUUAGGAGGUAGAAUGAAAAGCAUUCUAUUACUUUACUAUAAAAUAGAUAAUAAUGAUGGUGUUUGUAAUGUUAGUGCAAUUAAGCAGUCUCUAAUGGGUGUUUUGACUAGAAUUAUAUCAUGGUCUAGUGCUAGUACUUCAAAUUUUCGUGUCACAAGUAAGAGGCAACGCUUCUUUUUUUCCUCUUAGUUGAUAAAUAGGUAUAGCAUUAUUGAGUUUUACAUUAUAUAUAGUGGAAGUAUAUGAAAUAAUAAUCAUGUCUUGUGAAAAGUCCAACUCUCGUUGGAAUGAUAAUGCAUGCUUUUUCGAGGA